CUUGUCAAUGUUUUUCACUUUUGAACCAAGUUUGUUGUGUUCAACUAUAGAAGGAGUUGGAAGUCAUAUAUGCUAAAAUCCAUACUGCAAUGUUAUUCUACCAGCGUCUUAAGAAAAGCAGAUGCCUGGAAUUUGGAUCCUUGCACUAUUUCUGCUCAGUGCAGCAGAAGGUGAAGAAGUUUGCUAUGACAGAAUUGGAUGUUUCUCAGAUGAUAUACCAUGGUCUGGGACUACAGAAAGACCAGUGCAUAAGUUACCCUGGAGUCCAGAAAAGACAGAUAUUCAUUUCCUACUGUACACAAAAGAAAAUCGUAAUAACUAUCAAGAGAUCUCUGCAGCUGAUGCCCAAACAAUUGACUAUUCGAACUUUAACGCAAGUAGGAAAACCAGGUUUAUCAUACACGGAUUUAUAGAUAAUGGAGAAGAAAACUGGCUGUCAGACAUGUGCAAGAGGAUGCUUACAGUGGAAGACGUGAACUGUAUCUGUGUCAACUGGAAAAAAGGCGCAAGGUGUCAGUACACCCAGGCAUCAAACAACAUCCGUGUUGUGGGAGCUGAAUUAGCUUAUUUUGUAAACAUUCUUAAGGAAAAAUACGACUACUCCCCAGCCCAAGUUCACAUAAUUGGCCAUAGCCUUGGAGCACACGCGGCAGGUGAGGCUGGCCGGAGGGUGCCAGGGAUCGGAAGAAUAACUGGGCUGGACCCUGCUCAACCUUAUUUUCAAGGCACUCCAAUCGAAGUCAGACUGGAUAAGUCUGAUGCAGAGUUUGUAGACGUUAUUCACACAGAUUCAGCUCCCACAAUCCCCUACUUAGGUUUUGGCAUCGGCCCAGCUAUAGGGCAUCUUGACUUCUAUCCCAACGGAGGGGAGGCAAUGCCAGGGUGUGACAAGAACGCUCUUUCACAGAUUGUGGAUCUUGAUGGCAUCUGGGAAGGCACUCGGGACUUUGUGGCUUGCAAUCAUUUGCGGAGUUACAAGUAUUACUCUGACAGCAUCAUCUACCCUGAUGGAUUUCUAGGCUAUCCUUGUGCUUCAUACGGUGUUUUUGAAACAGACACCUGUUUCCCAUGCCCAGAAGAAGGAUGUCCAAAUAUGGGUCACUACGCAGAUAAAUUCAAAGGGAAAUUUAAAAGUAGUUUCGUGAAACUUUACCUGAAUACUGGAGAGGCCAAGGAUUUUGCUCUUUGGAGGUACAAAGUAAGUGUGACGCUCUCUGGAAGGAGUAAAAUUAAAGGAUACAUAAAUAUUGCCCUGUAUGGGAGUGAUGGGAACACAAGGCAGCACCAGAUUUUCAAGGGAACCCUCCGACCAGACAACACUUACACAAGCUUCAUUGACGCCGAAGUUAACAUUGGAACAGUUACAAAGGUUAAAUUUCUUUGGAACAACAACUGGAUAAAUCCAACUCUUCCUAAAAUAGGAGCUGCGACUAUCACAGUCCAAUCCGGAGAAAAUGGAAAAGAGUUCCGCUUCUGUGGUUCUGAGACGGUGAGGGAGGAUGUUCUGCAGACUCUCACCGCUUGCUAACAGCGCGUAUGGAUGCCCCAAACCUUGCUGCCAAUAAAAGCUACACGUGCAUACAACCCUGGCAUCUGCAGUCCUUGCAGUUCUAACACUGAUGAUGUGUGCUGGGUUUUUUGCUGGUUUGGGUGGAACAGGUUAAUUCUGUGGACAGCUUUCUAUAGAAAGAAUUU